AUGCGCAUAAACCAGGUCGCGGGGAGAGUUGACCAGCGACAAGAUGGACCCUCCGAGAAGAAGAAAAUGCAAAUGCAGAAUGCACAAGUCAAGUGCGGUGGCCGUGUCUGCCACUCAGGUGAUAUUGGUAGGCGAGAUCAAGCAGGUGCAACCGUGAAUCGGCUUCCUUCCAUUGUCCCAGGUCACGCAGAGAGGCAGCACUAUAUGGGCGAAAAGAACCUGGAGAAUACUUCUACCUACCUAGGUAGAACUACUAUACCCAGAGACAAGACCGAUCUGUUGCCUGCGGCUCACUCGCAUCGUCACCCUGGCCUCACCUGGCUCCAGGUCACCAGCACCCGACUCCAAGACCGAGCUCGCGGAUCAGCACCGCCUGCCCCAUCGCACUACAUCCCGUCCAUGUGCUCGCUCGCUGCCAUGUCACCACCCGGGAAGGCAAGCGGGUGGGAAGCUGGCGAAGCACACAACUGGCAAUGGGGCCCUCCCCACGGCCUAUCGUGGCGCUGGACUGGUCUUGGCCUGACUCGACUCCAGGCCCCCUUCACCUUGGAGACGAUCUACCCGCCCGACGGAUUCCAUGGGUGCAGCCGAUGGCUAAGAAGCUUCUCCAGCUCCUCCGCGGUUCUGAAACACCCCAACCGAAGCGCUAAAUAA